ACAUAAAAUAAUCAGAUAAAAUUAAAUAAGCCGAUACCAAUAUUGAUUAACUUUAUAAGUGGCAGGGUUCAAAUAUCGUUCGGUUACUCAUUAAAUGAAACAAAAAGCAAAUUUUAAAACGAGAAACUCAACAUUUCAAGUAGUUCCAAUUCGAGAGUCGACGAGUGCUGAGAUAGGUACACAUCGUCCUUUCAAAAAUUAAUUUUUAGUUCAGUGUUGUUUGCCACAUCAAAAUUUACAACCAGCAAAAUGGAUAAACUUUCGAAUUUUGUCUUGAUUUUAGUUAUUGGUUUGGCAUUAGCUCAAAACUUGAACGAAAUAGACGGAGACGAUUUGAAAGAAAAACUUGGCGAACAAUUUCCGGAACUCAAAAAUUUUAAUCAGUCCCUUUUGCCAAAACCAGAGGACGUUGAAAAGAAGUUUAAAGAAAAAUGCGAGCAAAACGGAGCUGACCCAAGCAUUGUAGAUAACUGGAAGGAAAACCACGAAUCCUUGAAAAGCUGUAUGGAAAAGUAUGUCAAUGUGACCAUAUUGCAGGAGGAAUUGGAAGAAGCGAAAAAAACUGGAGCCAUGGACGAGGUUUUCGGAAGAUACUGUGGAAAAUACGGCGAUAUUCACCAGUGCUUUGCGGAUGUGACGGGCGACGUAAGAAAAUGUUUAAACCAUAAGGAAGCCGGGGCUUUCAAUAUUACCCUUACUGCUAUAGGCGAAUUGAAAGAGUUUUUAUGUUACAAGGAUGGAGAUCGCAUGGCCAUGUUUGUGGCAGAGGGCGGACCAGAAUGCAUCGAAGAACAAAAAAAUGGAAUUCAAAAUUGUAUGAACGCAACUCUGGGAACCAGAAUUCCAACUGAUUUAUCCAUUGAAAAUAUGCCAUCGUUUUUGUUUACUGACAACGAUUGCAGCGACUUCGACACGAUCAGGACCUGCAUCAACGUGGAACUAGAAAAAUGCAAAACCAACACUCCUGCCAACUUAAUGGAUGCUUUCUUCAAGUUCCUGAAAAAACACACGCCUUGCAAAAACGUACCUACAAAUAAAAUGAAGGCUGCCCUUAAAGAUUCCGCCACAACGGGGGCGGUCUCAACAUUCGCCGUCUUAGUUUCUUUUAUUGUUGUGCGAUUGUUUUAACUUGUUGAUUUUUCUUAAUUAUUGAUAAUUAGUUGAUUUGCUGGUUAUUUCGACUGAAUAGAUUAUUUUUAAGUGUGAUUUUAACUUAUAUAAACGACAAUAAUUGUACAUAAUUUAGUUAGGAUUUAAAUAAAAUAGAUUUUUACCUUGCAGA